GAGAGAAACAAGGAAGAGGAAGAGGAAGAGGAAGAGGAAGAGAAAGAGAGAAAAAAAUGUACAAAUCACCAAUAACGUUGCUCACGCUUCUUACUCUUUGUUUUGGAUCUUUCGAUCUCGGCAGUGCUCUUUAUGGAUCUUCUUCGCCAGUGGUUCAGCUCACUGCUUCUAACUUCAAGUCCAAGGUUCUUAAUUCAAAUGGAGUUGUUUUGGUAGAGUUCUUUGCGCCAUGGUGUGGCCACUGCAAAGCUCUAACACCUACAUGGGAGAAAGUAGCUAAUAUUCUGAAAGGAGUUGCUACUGUAGCGGCAAUUGACGCAGACGCUCACCAGUCUGCCGCGCAGGAUUAUGGUAUCAAAGGUUUCCCAACUAUUAAAGUCUUUGUACCCGGAAAGCCUCCGAUCGAUUACCAAGGAGCUAGGGAUGCCAAAUCCAUUGCUAAUUUUGCUUACAAGCAGAUCAAAGGUCUUUUGAGUGACCGUUUGGAAGGCAAAAGUAAACCAACUGGAGGAGGAUCUAAUGAAAAGAAAUCUGAACCUAGUGCAUCUGUGGAACUGAACUCUAGUAAUUUUGAUGAGUUGGUCAUCAAAAGCAAUGAACUUUGGAUUGUCGAGUUUUUUGCACCUUGGUGUGGACACUGCAAAAAGCUUGCCCCAGAGUGGAAGAAGGCUGCAAAAAAUUUGAAGGGGAAGGUGAAUUUAGGCCAUGUCAAUUGCGAUGUUGAGCAGUCGAUAAUGAGCAGAUUCAAAGUGCAAGGAUUCCCUACAAUUUUGGUAUUUGGUCUAGACAAAAGCAACCCAACUCCUUACGAUGGUGCUAGAUCUGCGUCGGCGAUAGAAUCUUUUGCUUCUGAGCUUGUAGAAUCUAGUGCUGGCCCUGUUGAAGUAACUGAGCUAACUGGGUCGGAUGUAAUGGAAAAGAAGUGUGGGUCUGCUGCUAUUUGCUUUAUCUCUUUCUUACCUGACAUUCUUGACUCCAAAGCUGAAGGAAGGAACAAGUACCUUGAGAUGCUAUUAUCAGUUGCAGAGAAGUUUAAGAAGCACCCUUACAGUUUUAUGUGGGUGGCGGCUGUAACUCAGCCGGAUUUGGAGAAGCGAGUUAAUGUAGGAGGAUAUGGUUAUCCUGCAAUGGUAGCCAUGAACAUGAAGAAAGGAGUAUACGCUCCUCUUAAAAGCGCCUUUGAGCUUCAACACCUCUUAGAAUUUGUGAAGGAUGCUGGGGCCGGUGGAAAAGGAAAUUUGCCUAUGAACGGAACACCUGAGAUCGUGACGACAAAGGCAUGGGAUGGUAAAGAUGGAGAGCUGAUUGAGGAAGAUGAAUUCUCACUUGAAGAACUCAUGGGAGGUGAUGAUGCUGUUAGUUCGAAGGAUGAGUUGUGAAUGAUCCAAUGGUCUUAACCUGAUUUUGCUACUUUUGGAUCUGAACCAUGGAAUGUGUUUCACCUUUUUAUAUUUUCCCAAAAGAGUGUAAAAGAUCAUUUCAGGAGAUAGGAGAAGAACAGUCUGGUUUUGGGAUUUAAGUAGACACAUAAGAGAGAAUGUGCUGGAAUGAUAUUAGGAGUUAAUCGCUCGAAACUUGUUUUAAGUUGUUGUCUUCAAAAGACUCAUGAGUCAUAUAGAGGCAAUAAAAAGAAACCUUCUUCUCA